AUGUUCGGGAAACCAGACAAAAUGGACGUUCGGUGCCACUCGGACGCAGAGGCUGCCCGGGUCUCGAAGAACGCGCACAAGGAGAGCCGGGAGAGCAAGGGUGCGGACGGGAACCUCUCCGCCGCCUUCCUCAAGGAGCCGCAGGGCGCCUUCUCCGCGUCGGGUGCCGCGGACGAUUGUAACAAAAGUAAAUCCAAUUCGGCCGCCGACCCGGAUUAUUGCCGCCGGAUCUUGGUCCGAGAUGCCAAGGGUUCCAUCCGAGAGAUCAUCCUGCCCAAGGGCCUGGACCUGGACCGGCCCAAGAGGACGCGCACGUCCUUCACUGCGGAGCAGCUCUACCGGCUGGAGAUGGAGUUUCAGCGCUGCCAGUACGUGGUGGGCCGAGAGAGAACCGAGCUCGCCAGGCAGCUUAACCUCUCCGAGACCCAGGUGAAAGUCUGGUUCCAGAACCGGCGCACGAAGCAGAAGAAGGACCAGGGCAAGGACUCGGAGCUGCGCUCGGUGGUGUCGGAGACGGCGGCCACGUGCAGCGUGCUGCGGCUGCUGGAGCAGGGCCGCCUGCUGUCGCCGCCCGGCCUGCCCGCGCUGCUGCCGCCUUGCGCCACCGGCGCGCUCGGCUCGGCGCUUCGCGGGCCCAGCCUGCCUGCCCUGGGCGCCGGAGCCGCUGCCGGUUCGGCCGCCGCCGCCGCGGCCGCCGCCCCGGGUCCCACCGGCGCCGCGUCCCCGCACCCGCCGGCCGUGGGCGGCGCUCCGGGCCCUGGGCCCGCUGGGCCGGGCGGACUGCAUGCGGGCGCGCCGGCUGCCGGCCACGGCCUCUUCAGCCUACCGGUACCGUCGCUGCUCGGCUCGGUCGCCAGCCGCCUCUCCUCCGCCCCGUUGACAAUGGCCGGUUCGCUGGCUGGAAAUUUGCAAGAACUCUCCGCCCGGUACCUGAGCUCCUCAGCCUUCGAGCCUUACUCCAGGACCAACAAUAAAGAAGGGGCCGAGAAAAAAGCGCUGGACUGA